AAAAGCUGCUGCGAGGUGGAGCUUCUUCUCAGGCGGACUCAUCCAAGUCAGCAGCCCGGCCAGCAGCGCUCAGCAGCGGCAGUUAGGAGGCAGUCGGGACGUGAGGAGGGAAGGAGGAACAACACUGGGAUUGUUAUAGUCUAGGAUUCCUUUUGGAGACCAUGAGUACCAAGAUGAAGUGUAUGUUCUUCAUGUGGCUUUUUGCCGCCGCUGUCAUCGCCAAGUCUCCGAGACUCAAAUUUGUGGUGCACGAACCUUCCCGAUUCCACUUUGACAAGCCUGAGAACUACAUCAGCAUGUACCACCAGGAGGGAAGCAACACGCUGUACGUAGGCGGCCAGGCAAUGAUCUACGUGCUCAACUUUAACAACAGAGGCGUACACGACCUGCAGAUCCCAGCACCCUCAGACCAGACAGCCAUUGACACCUGCAAGGCCAAGGCAGCACCACUUGAGCUGGAGUGUGAUAAUUUCAUCACAGUCCUUGAGAAAGUCAACGACACCUUCAUUGUAUGUGGAACAAAUGCCGGGAGUCCUCGCUGCUGGAUGCUAGUUAAUGACACAGUGCUGACUGACGUACAGGGGGUCGGACAGAUAGCGUCGCCCUCCGACAUCUCCCCACCUUACCCUUCGCAGCGGUCCAUCAGCCUGCCCGCAGAUGGGAGUCUGUACUCCGCCAUGUCGUCAGUGGGAGGUCACGCUGGUUCUAUCCGCCGUACGUUUGGAUCCCAGAAGCUCCUGAAGACAGAGAACAUUUGGCUGCUAAAUCCACAGUUUGCUGGAGCCGCAAUCAUCCCAUCUUCCCUUAAGUACAAGGAGGAGAUCUACUUCUUUUUCAGUGAGUUCAACAAAACGGCCCGAGUGGACGAAGAGCCGUACAGGGCCCGCAUCGGCCGGAUCUGCACGGUGGACGAGGGUGGGAUCAAGGCCCUACUGGCAGAUUCGUGGACCACCUUCAUGAAAGCACGGGUCAUGUGCGGUGCCGGAAACACUCAGCAGCAGUAUAACAACAUGAAGCAGGCGGUGGUUCUGACUGCUCAGGACAAGCGGGCCGGUGUCAUGUAUGGCCUGUUUUCCAACGCAUGGGGAAGAACCGUGAUUUGUGCCUAUUCCAUAGAAGACAUUGACCAGGCCUUCUCCACGUCUAAACUGAAGGGCUACAGCAGUUCGUUCAUCGGCAGUCGCCCCGGAAUGUGUGGGCGGAGAAAUUCCACGGCAGGAGGUCACAACGACAUUAAAAACCUGGGCGUGAUUCGAUACCACCCAGAAAUUGAGGACGUGAUCCGGCCUGUAGGCGUGGCUCCGCUUGACCUGCCGACAGAUGACCAAAUCACGCAUACGGUGGCAGACAUCGUCCUCGCUGUCAACGAUGAGCACUACAGCGUCCUUUACCUCGGAACAGAACAAGGAAAAGUCCUCAAAGUUCUUCACAGCAGCGAGGGUGUCUUCAUCAUCUCUCAGUACUCCAUGUUUCGUAACGAGGGGCCCGUCCUCAACAUGGCCAUCGACCCACAAAAGGGACACUUGUACGUUGCCACGGCGAUGGAGGUCCAGCGACUCCCACUGGCCGACUGCGGUCGCUAUGGCAACACAUGCAGAGAGUGCAUCCUCUCCAGAGACCCAUAUUGCGGCUGGGACAAGACCAGGAGGAGAUGCAUCGCCAUCCCGCCAGGAUACAACGUCACGUCUGGAACACUCGUUCAAAAUCUGGACCAAUCCAACUCGUCAGUUUGUGGGGAAGCUGCUGCCCUGAAGCUGCGCCGCACCUCCCCCAGAGAAGUGGUGGUGCAGUCCAACACCUCGGUUUUUCUACCGUGUCCCGUGCGCUCCUUCCUCGCCACGUACCGCUGGGAGAAGGACAACUGUGUCAAGAACUACCCCUGUCUCUUCUCCGGUGACUUCUGUGUCCUGGGACCGGUGGUGGACACGCCCCUUAAGGAGGGCAUCUUCCGCUGCAUGGCCACGGAGGACGGAUUCAAGGUGGAGGUCAUCUCCUUCAAGCUCGUGAACCACGGCGGGCUUCUGGCCGCCUCCUUUGCCUCCACCUUGGGGCUGUCACUCCUGCUUGCCAUGGCCACUCUUUGGCUUCAUUAACUGCAGCUAACGCUAAUGCUAACCACGUACCCUUAAUGACAGGAAAUAGAGUAGAGGUUUGGUUCACUGAGAAUUCAAGUCUUAAAGUCAGCAAAAUAACAAAAUCAGUAUCCAAAAAAGUGAAAAUUUGGCCUAAAUUUGGCUCUAAGAGCUUCAAACUGCAGUUGAACGCAUGAAGAUCUUUGUGAACCUUCCCUCUCUAACUGUAAAAGCUAAACAUAUCCUAAGGGUUAGGCAAAAAACACCAAUACCAGGCCGAUUCUUUAUGACCGUUUCUUUAACUAUUUUGACUAGAUUGUGCUUCUUUGUGGAUAUGUCGAGCUUUAAUACUGCUCUUACGUCUUGCAUCACUCCAUCUCAUUAGUCGUUUGAAAACAUGUCUGGUAUUGAGAUUUUCAAAGCCUUAACACUUCUGGGACAUCAACUCCUAAGCACAAGUUUGCAGUUCCUGCAGAAUUUUGCGCAUUCUGUUCGACUCAUCGCUAACAGUCGCGCAGGUGAGGUUGGGCAACAUUGCUAGGAGGAAGUGAGAAUUUUUUUUUUGACAGGAAGUAGGAGAAUGAGUCAGAGCUUAUUCCUGACCAUCACUGUGUCUCAGCACGUCCUCCUCAGACAAAGGCAGUUUCUUGCAUCUCUUUAACAUCAGACAUUACACCUUGUUAACAGCUUUAGCUUUCUACAUGCCGUCACCAUCUGUCCUCCUUCUAAAAGGUCAAACACGUCAACUGCAGCACCUUUGGAAAGUUAGCUGGACCAGAAAGCAGCAAAUUAAGACUGCCCUUUUAUGAGCCUUGCUUAGAAUCUUUGGUAAAUGUCAGUUUGGGUCAGCGUUGAGGCAAGAAAAACUGGUGUGGACCAAGCAUCAUAACUACGGUAUGUUACUAGUAGAACGCCACAGAACACAAACGCUGCAUAAAGUUGUGAACAAGGUGUCUCAUUAAUAAGUUCAACCAAGCCAUGCAGACAUUAGCGCACGGGCAGACAAGAAAAAAAAAAGGCUUGUAUUUUGGUUUGUGAUGUUCUGUAUUGAAUUGCUGCCAGUGCUGAUUUCUACCAUUGCUGCCUCUCUAUGUGACGAUUUGUCUUGAUGGUUUGGAUUUUUAAUGCCAUAGUUAGAAUGUGAUAUGUACCCAUGUUUUCUAACCAAGUCUCAAAGCUGUGAUACAAACUAACUUGUCAGAUCACGUUUCAACAGUAUUCACAACCGACUGUCUCCCUUAAUUUAUAUUUAGGUUCAAAAACUUCAACAUAAUCUUUUCUGCGGAUUCCAUAGAAAACCGAAGACUCUGUAGCGUUGACCUGUGUAGCUGAUUAGCGUGUUCUCCAGAGCUCCGGCAUGAUCAUUCAGUAAUGUGACAUCAAUCUGGAAGUGUCAGGCUGUCCACUGUGGCCCACAUAUCAUUAAUAGCUAAUUAGGAUCCAGCUCAUUGUGCUCCUGUUAGAUUUUACGAGCAAUGAGGAGCUGAAAGGCAAGCGUUGCUGGUUGCAGAUCUGCUUGCUUUUCUGCAAGGCGAUAACACAGACAAGCGGAUACAAAUAACAAGAAAGAUGUCAAAAUCAAAGCUGAUUUGAGCCAACAUCUUCCUUCCUUGUCAACAAUGCAUGCACACUACAGCAGCCAGUAAGCCAUCGUAUUAACCGCCAUCUUACGACUAGGACUUGCCGCCUUCUUGCCUAUAGCUAACUUCAUAUAGACCGUAAACUUUUUGAUAAAACCUCCUUUAUAGCUACAGAGCAUCACAGCUCAGUUCCUGCUUUUUCCAACCAGGAAGAAGCGUCAAGUCAUGACCUGCAUGUUAUUUAAAUACAAACAUUUGCAACACAAACAAUAGAUUAGGUGAACAAGAUUUUACACACCAAGCGGCCUGCGUCACAACUAUGGCGCGUGCAAAAUAGCAUCCUCUGUCUUCUUUUCUUCAACCUAAAGUGGGCCUUCAAACGGUCGCCUUAUCGGAAAACCAAUAUGUCCGCCAUUCAGCCCGCCAUCUUUGUUCACAGCAACCGGGCGCGUUGCCUUAGGAAACCGUUAAGGCAGACGCUGCCCCACGCUGUCGUGUCGUUCUGAGGUCUCGAGUGCUGUAUAUGAUGUGUGCCCGCCAUUGUGUCAUUUUAAAAGUCAUGAGUCAAACUCUAUUAUACCCAUAAUAUAUUAAUAAUGUCAUUAUUUUUGAAGGUCAUAUACAGUAUCUGGUGCAAUAGAUAUUCAUGUAACAAAUCAUUCAUGUAACAAAUCCGCACGUGUUAAACACAUGUGCGCUGAAAACCAAUAAAACAGGAGAAAAAGAA